AUGGACAACGAUGACCAAAUACACCGGGCAGCUGUAGCGACAGCGGCGACGACCCCAGCAACGGCAGCCGCACCACCACUUCCAAUUAUCCCGCCUUCUGCGAAGCUCAUAGCUGCCAGUGUCGGGGCGAUAGUGACUUCUCUUUCCAUGACGCCAUUUGACGUGAUAAAAGUCCGGCUCCAGACGCAGUCACAGUGGCAUUCUCAGCGACGAACGCACUCAGCCCAUCCGCCACAGAAGCUGCCACACCACGCACACCCCAUAUCAGACCAUAUUACAUCGAGCAACAAACGCCUUAACGGUAGUUUAGAUGCCGUCAUCAAGAUAAGCAAGUUUGAAGGCCCCAGCGCACUCUGGAAGGGCUUAACGCCUACUCUUCUUAUGGCUAUCCCAUCCAAUGCCGUCUACAUGCUUGGAUAUGAGUCUCUUCACCGCACGCUCCUCGAGAGCGGUCUCAACACUGCUCUCUCCCCUCUCCUUGCUGGUGCCAUUGCGCGCACUUUCUCCGCCACUGUCAUCUCUCCCUUGGAGCUGCUGCGAACGCGUCUACAAGCCAGCUCGACGCAAUCGCCCGCUCAGAUAGUCCAAACCCUUCGUCAGUCCGUGCGUAAAUCAGGUCUGCGUGUGCUAUGGCGUGGUUUGGAUUGGACGCUAGCUCGCGAUGUGCCCUUCAGCUCCUUCUACUGGGCCGGUUUCGAGCUGAUCAAGAGAAGCAUGAUACGGUAUGAGGGUAUAGAAGCACCGAUUCGUACACCUUUUGUCGCAGGUGCGGCCAGUGGUAUCUGCGCUGCUCUUGUCACUUCUCCUUUCGACGUACUCAAAACUCGCAGGCAGGCACUGGUCGAUGCUUCUCAUGAGGUUACUCUGCCGAGACAGCUGGCUAAGAAAAACCCUUCGAUGGUCUCCCUCUUUUUUAAUAUCCUUCGCGUCGAAGGUCCAAAAGCUCUCUUCGCCGGUUUGAGCCCUCGCGUCGCUAAAAUUGCCCCCGCUUGCGGUAUACAGAUUGCAACUUAUUCGCAGGUCUCAAAAUAUUGGUCUAAUAGAUAUCCAUAA